CGGGCUGCAGCAGCAUGGAGGUGGGACGGGUGCGCAGAGGAAGGAUGCGACACGGGCUGAAGAAAGUUUAAAGAUGCUGCACAAAGCAUCGGACUUAACGUGGCUGAAUUAGACCUUCAACCGAGAGAAAGACUCCUCCUGUGUCUCCGAUGCGAGGACUGGUUUCUUUUCUUUUUUGGGUCUGCGUAAACGCGCACACACCGGCCUGUGCGUUACAGUGCUCGGUCUCUGCACCUGCAUGAUCUGUGAGCCAGGUGAGCCGUGAGCGUAAGCACGAGCAGUGUGGGUGUGGUGUCAUUCUCAUAGUCUGUAUGACCUACUACAUAUAGGCCAGUGGCAAAGUAGUGAGGCAGCUUUUCGUUUACACAAAGCAGCGGAGCGGCAGCGGGACGCGGGCUGUUGUCUGUAGCUCGUCCUGUAAUUAUCUCCGUCAGUUGUAGAUAUCCAGGGGAUCUCACGGCGGCUGCUCAGCUUGCAAGAUGAACUUCAAGAACUUUACGGAGUACCUGGCCUGGCUGUACUACCAGUACCUGCUCAUCACUGGCAUCUAUGUCCUGGAGCCCUGGGAAAAGUCCAUCUUCAACUCCAUCCUCUUCUCCGCCAUUGCCAUGGUGAUCUACACCUCAUAUGUCUUUGUGCCCAUCCACGUGCGCCUUGCACUGGAGUUUUUCUCUGGGAUCUUUGGUGGCCAGCCUGAGAGCACCAUGGCACUCAUGAACUAAAAGAUGGGGAGAAUAUGGGGGGGGGGAGGCAAAGACUGUGUGGAUUAGCAUGCGUCCCAAAAUCAUUUCCUAUAACUCAGCUCCUUCUCAGCUCCUGGAGUACCUCUUUACACCAUCCCGAACCACAGAGGUCAGUCACAUCAGCUAAUCAAGACUAUGAUAUGAAAUAUGAAGAUCUUAAUGAAAUGAUCUGGAAAUCAGAGCCUUACUAUCUUCUUUACAUCCCAAAUCCUCUGGCCUUACCCCAUGGUAUUAGACACACGACUGUACAUUACUUUCACACCCUAGCUGUGAAACGUCGUGUGAAAUGUUGUUUGUCCUGUUUGUUAUUUGUUGUAUUUUUCCUCCAUGUCCUGUGUGAGUGCAUACCACCUACGGGUUUUGCAUGAUAGGGUCAUAUGUGGGUUGUACAUUUGCAUGCUCAUCUCACUACAAAAUACAGCUAGACUCUUUUUUUUUAAUCAUGACUUUUAUGCAUCUGUCUUCAAAGGGGCAAUACAGUGAUUUUAGUCUGUCACUUCCAUAAAAUUUAAGGACUUCUUAUAGACUAUUAAAAACAGAGUGGUCAUAAUCAAAGCAGCAGAGGCUGAGUUAUCUGGACUUUUAGUCUCAAAAUCCGAAACCUUAAAACAAUCGAUCCUACAUUUCCCAUAAUAUAAUUUAAUAGGGUCUUUUGGUAGACUCUCCCUUGUUAACACCUAGUUAAUACAAAAUCUUUCAAGCCUCUCUGCUAAAAUUGUGUAGCCCAUGUUGAAACAGCACUGAUGACAUUAUCUGGGUUAUUUCUCAGACUUUGACUGUUUCCAAAAUCUGUAUUUACUAUAUAGUACACUAUAUUUACACCCUGCUAUGUUUUAUAGUGCCCUCAAAAGUUACAAUAAAAAAGGAAAAGGAACUUCCUGCAAAUAAUCCCAUAAUGCAAAUCAUCACAUUUUAUGGAUGUGAAAAUUAGAGUUGUGUCUCACUCUACAGCUGUCAGUGAUGAUGCAAAAUUAUUUGUGAAUGUCUCUCUAAGCUUACUACAGAGUAAACUAUUGAGUAUUUACUAUAGUAGUAGUGAAUGAAUGAACGAGGCAGUGAUUUAAAGCUGCCUUCACAGCCACAGAAGACAUUUUACAACUCACAGGCUGGAGUUUGACUCUCUGUGACGAGUAAACUAAACUUCAAAAUCAGUAGACUGCUCCUUUAUGUAUGUGUGUGUCCGUGUUUAACUGCUGCAUCUGAAAUGCCACGUUAUCAAUGAGAUUGAAUUGCUCUCUGGUAAAAGGGGAGUUGGUACUCACCCUAACAUUUCUGACAUGCAGUUAUUGUUAUUGGUUGAUCUAUCGUUUUGUAUCAGAACCACUAUCACCUUCUUUUGUUCCCUUUAUGCACUGUAAUGCUAACUGGCAGGGUACAUUGCACAUUUCAAGUCACUGUGUAGCUUAUCUAGAAAGAAAGAGUUGAUAGAAAAGCCCAGAUGAAUCUAAAAGUGUCCAUUGAGGGACCUGUUACACAGUUGAGUAAUGUUUGUCCCAGGGCUACACAUUUACUAAUUUACUGGUCAAAGCGAAUAACAGAACAAAAUAACGGAAAAAUGUGUGCCGAGCCCUCUCUUUAUCUCCUGUUUUUUAACUGGUUGGUAUGUCAGGAAGGUGUGCUCAGCACUGAACAUGAGCAAAUAUUGAUACAACACACCUUUGUGUUUUAGGCUUGGCUCUGUUAAUGACAUAGCGUUACUUAAUCAGCAGCCUCUGAACUAAAAGCUGAACUGUUUGCUGUCAAAAUGUAAAGACACUGCAGACAAAUUGGCCUGAAUGAAAAGCAAAGCCUGACUGGCAGACCGAAAACACAGUCUUCCUCACCUAUAGUUGAUCUAUAGAGAAUGAGUCGUAUAGUGUAUCAGGUAGUUGUGAUGAGCAUUGCAUUGAGUUGUGUGCUUAAGAUCAUCUUUGAUUAUUUGCGCUUUGGGUCAAGGGUUCGCUGAUUACAGUCUAAUCAUGAUCUCUAAGUUAACUUUAUUUAUAUGGAGUUAUAUAUUUAUAUACUAUACACUGGUAAAUGCUUGGCUGGUUACAAUGUCAGUUACCAAACCUCUUUGAUUAUUUAUAUCUGUGUUCUCUUGUGGCCAUAAGUAACACAUAAUUGUCCUUUGUUUCUCCACCGGAAAAUGCUUUUAUAUUGUUCCCAGUUUGGGUCAUUUCAUUUAAGUUUUGUUAAACAUUUCCUUUUCCAAGAAUGAGCUCUCUGAGAAGCUUUUUUCACUGUUUCACCAAAUUUAAUGUUAUAUUUAUACAUGAUAGCAACACAUCACUGCACUAUUCAGAAAAUAAAGGCAUGUGAAGAUAUUUGGACAACUGUUCUCUUUCUCAUCCUAGUUUGCUUUUUGAUAUGAAUGUCUGUGUAUUCAUGCAGCAUAUCAAGUCUAUUAUGCCCUCAGUCAAGCAGACUUUGAAAUGGAAGAACAAGCAAAACAAAGGCUCAUGGGAAGCACAUACCUGACACAAUUGACUGUACCACAUAAAGUGAAAUCAAACAAUAAGAGGCUGAGCCACCAAACCAGUUCUCCCCAGUCAGUGCAGGAAUGAAUACCCAACGGCUUUGCUUUCCCCACUGCAGAUACUAGGUAGCCUGUCCAUGCCAACAAAGCUCUGUUUACCUGAAGUCUACCAUGUCCACACUCUUUGUCAGAACACACACAAUUCAAAUCAAUGUAAUGGACCAUAAGCAAAAACAGUUUAAGAAAGUUGCUGGUACAGUUGUGUAAAGUUAAUUUGUACUCCACAUGCAAAUUUCCUGCAAUAUUAUCAACAUGGAUGUUGGAUGAGGGAGCAGGAAAUUAUUUUGGUUAUCAGUAUAGCUGCAGAAGAGGGACUGGCCAGGUAACUAUGUUUACGCAUUGUAACUGGACGCCUCCAUCUUGUUGUUCAUCUUGUUGUUUUUUUUCGUCCAGGAACACAAUAGUUGCAAAACCCUCACUUCUCAACAUGCACACCCAAGCUCAUCCCAGAAUACUACUGAACUCUCCUCCCCUCGCCUCUUGUCUCCUCUCCUCUCCUUUACCUCACUUUCCCUCCUUUCCACUCAUAAAAAAGCGUCAUACUUAUGACAUCCUACGUAGUAACGUUUUGUCUGCCUCAAGGUCUGUCUUCUGUUUACACUUAACAUGAUCAUUUGUAUCCCAUGAAGGAAGAGGCCAGAGGUUAUCUCCAUAAUGACAAGGUGUAAACAAAGCUAUCUGCAAAUUUAAACGCUCUCAAAACACGCUCUCAAGCGGUGGUGUAUUGUUUCUGUUGUGUCUACAUGUGACGGUUUCUCACAAAUAAAACUUGGGGGGAGGGGGGCUCCUAGCAACUGUUGAGUUUACAGACAGAGAGGUACGUGACAUCGGGAAAAACACACACGUUUACACGCCAACACUGCCACCACAGCUGGUUUCAGUUUACAAGGAAACCCCAGAAAGUGUUCAAAUAUUAAUAUCAUUGCCAACAUUUGAUAACUUCUUCCACUUUGGUCUCUAUCCCAACACACACACACACACACACACACACACACACACACACAAACACACAGUUCUACGAUUAACAGCCUUUGGAAACAAGUGCUAUUGUUGAGCUCUGCCCUCGUACAGGUGUGUGUGCCAUUACAAUGAAUGUCUCCAUGGUAAUAACCUAAGACUACUGUUUAGCCACAAUCUAUGGCACACAUUUGGACACACACACACACACACACACACACACACACACACACACACACACACACACACACACACACACAAACACACAGAGUACAGAUACAAGUAAAAUGGUAUCACAGCUUGCACAUGAUCUUUGAAUUAACUUUGUGAUGAUUUACUGACAUUCACUGAUUAACACACGGCUGGUUACUUUUGUAUUUAUUACACAUAAUGUUCUCUCCUGGGCACUAGCAAAACAGAAUAUGCUUAUUUUUUAUAACAGAUUUUUCCCUUACUAAAAUUAAUAUUAUGUACUUUUAUGUACAAUUAUGUACUGUACUGCACCAUAUAACAACAAAUAUGUAACUGCAUUGUUCAGAAAAUACAGCAUUUAAAAAGUUAA